AAAUAUUUUAUUAUCCAACAUUAUCUGAAAUAAUCGUAUAGGUGUUUUUCUUUGAUGUUCGAUUAAAUUAAAUUUAACAUUCACACUUCACUGUAAGUUUUUAUUUUUUUUUAAAGUUUUUGCUUGAUUUUUAAAUUUUAAAUAAUAUGAAUCUUGUUAAUAAAAGUUUAAUAUUUAAAUUAUCAAAAAAGUUAAAUGGUUGCUUAAAAAGAUAUUCUUCCCAUUUUGUAUAUCAUCCUGAACAGACUUCUAAUGCAUUUGGAAAAGUGUCACAGCAAAACAUGUAUCAAGCCAUUAAUAAUGCAAUAGAUUUAGUAUUAAACAAGGAACCAAAUUCUGUAGUGUUUGGUGAAGAUGUUGGAUUUGGUGGAGUAUUCAGGUGUACAAGCGGGUUACGUGAACGUUAUGGAAAGGAACGAGUUUUUAACACACCACUGUGUGAACAAGGUAUUGUUGGAUUUGGGAUUGGUCUUGCUGUUGCUGGUACUACAGCAAUUGCAGAAAUUCAGUUUGCUGAUUACAUGUUCCCAGCUUUUGAUCAAUUAGUUAAUGAAGCUGCAAAAUACCGUUAUCGUUCUGGAAAUCUAUUUGAUUGUGGUAAAUUAACUGUGCGAACACCAUGUUCUGCGGUUGGCCAUGGAGCUCUUUACCAUUCUCAAAGUCCUGAAAGUUUCUAUGCUCAUUCUCCAGGACUUAAGAUAGUUAUGCCUCGAAGUGCCAUGAAAGCUAAAGGUUUACUUUUAUCGUGCAUUAGAGAUCCUAAUCCGUGCAUAUUCUUUGAACCUAAAAUCUUGUAUCGCCUAGCAGUGGAUAAUGUGCCUGAAGGGGACUAUGAACUACCUUUAGAAAAAGCCGAUGUCAUGGUUCAAGGUAGAGACGUCACUUUGAUUGGCUGGGGAACACAAGUUCACGUUUUACUCGAAGUUGCUGAAAUAGCCUCAGAAAAAUAUGGAAUUUCUUGUGAAGUUAUUGAUCUGGUGACAAUUUUACCGUGGGAUAAGCAAACCAUUGCAAAUUCUGUAAAAAAAACUGGCCGAGCCAUUGUAUCUCACGAAGCCCCUUUAACUGGUGGAUUCGGUGCUGAAAUAACUGCUGCCAUUCAAGAAGAAUGUUUUCUUCAUCUAGAAGCUCCAAUUCGUCGUGUAACCGGAUAUGAUACUCCAUUUCCACAUGUCUUUGAACCGUUUUAUUUGCCAAAUAAAUGGAAAUGCUUGCAAGCCGUUAAAGAAUUAGUGAACUAUUAGAUAAAUUAUUUAUUUGUAAGAGUGAAUAAUUAACUUUGAAACAACAUGUUUAUGAAUUUUAUUUUAUUUCUAUUGUACAACCUUUGAUACAACCAGAUUGUAUUAUUGUAAUACAAUUUAUUACCAUAUUUAAAACUUAUUUAUUUUUAAUUUGUACUAUCUUAAGGCAUUUAAGAAAUAAAAAUGAAUGUCAAACCAGAUCAAAUAGUUAUAGGAUAACUGUUAUAAAAUAUAAUUGUAUAACGUAUAUAACGACUCGUGAUAAAGAAAUAACUAUUUUGUUCUAGUUGCUUUUAAUUCUAAAUUCAAAAAUCUGUCAAUUUCAAGAAUUGUGAACUACUAGUUUAAUUAUUGUUAUU